AUGGCAGCCGACGUUCCCAACUCGCUGAACUGGCUCUCCUUCGUCACUGGGAUCCUCGGCUUUGCCCUGACGACGCUCAACUUGAUUGCCUUGUACGCCAACUUUGUCGCCACGAUCCGGUCUGCGCCCCAUGAGAUUCGCGAUGGCCUGGGAAACCUCCGACAGCAGCUCUGCGAAGAGCGAGAGGCGCUGCGUCACCAGACCAAAGAGAUCAGAUCCAAGAGCAAGCUGCGCCAAAAGGUCAUGCACUUGGGGAUGGGAGACAAGAACGCCAACAACGAGGCACGCCGGGCGUUGGAGUAUGCCGAGAAGACGCUGCCGCUGCACUACCUCACGCUGCGCGACCUCUGGCGUAACUUCAAGGAGCUCGAGAGGCCAUUCUUGGUGGCGAGCGGACAACGAGCUGAGGCGAUCCACAACGGGGCUUCGUGGGGAGAGAAUGACCUCGACGAAAAGGUGCACAGAGACUUUGAGAGGAAUGGCGAGAUGGCGAGCUUUGCGGACUGGACCGCGUUGUACAAGUGUGAUUUCGCGCAUCGGUUUAUCUGGUGGCAGACCAAGGAUGAUGUGAAGAAACUGGGCGACGAGGUGAUGAGGAUCAUGGCGAGGAGGACCGAAAGAGAAGUCACGUAUACAAGGAUGAUGGUCAGGCAGAUGUUUCUCGACGAUGGGUCUACGCAGACUGUGAAUAAGGGCCCAAGGCGUCCAGGGGGAGGGGGCGGCGGCGCUGGCGGCGCGAGGAGACGCAUGAGUUGGGGUCCCGGGCCCGCGAGGAGAAGGACGCCUCCUCAGCCAAGAUACAACGAAAGCUCGUCUUCACAGCGGAGCAGCGACGACGAGAGCCGGGCGAGUAGGAGAGGCACCGACUUCUCGAGGGACAGAGAUACGAGCCCUCCGCUCAGCGAGCAUCGACAGAGUCACACAAGGAGCGACGCUGCGACUGUGGGAAAGCAUCAUCACCAGCCGCAUCUCCGGCGGCAUCACAGCAGAGGCAGAUGGGAGACGGUCCGGACACGGGCCAGCCGGGCGUAUGAGGUGACCGAGGGCCCGGGAGGCAGGGGCCCGAGGGUGAUUGAGAUAAUCCCUGGAAGCGAGAUUAGUGAACAUCCGCGAGCGCGGGAACGGAACGCGGAGAAGUGA